GCUUGUUGGACGUGUACCUAGUCUCCCAUGUGACCCAUGUGACAAUAGGCCAUGAAUCGGGUCACCUCGUGAGCAUACUGACUGUGCACUGAGUGACCUGUCAUCUGGGACAUGAUACCUGUUUAUUCAGCAACAUGACUCCACGCCAUAUUUAUCGUGUAUAUAUUUGUUUACUCGUCUUCUCGUUUGCGCCAACUCCCUCACUCACCCAAGUGUUAGACACGUGUAUCCAGCAGACAUCAUGUUCGUGCAAGAACUCCAAGGGAACAAUAGAUCUGACUCCUCUCGCCAACACAGCCGGGUCCGCCAAGUUCCUCGACCAGCCAGACGCAAGUGGUUCCACCUUUAAGUACUCGUGGAAUCCUUGCAAAGACUUCACCGAGGGCACAAGUGCCUGUACCCAGGUCGCGGCAUGCCAAUCUGACAGCAGCACCGGUACCGACUACAACCUGGGUGACCAGGCCUCAGCUGAGUUCGUGAAUGAAGCCACUUCUCUCAGCCUCCACUAUUCUUCCACCACCGACAUCACCAGGACGACGAUUGUGACGUUGACAUGUGACGAGACCCAAGAGGCCUCGCUUGCCAUCACAGGGGAGGAUCCGAGUAACCCUGGAAAUUAUCUGAUGACGUUGACCAGCAAGUACGCUUGUCCAAAAGCAGGACCAGGACCUACCAAAGGGCCCCCGGAGCCUGAAGGGGGGAUAUCUAUCGGUAGCAUCCUUGUCAUCGUCUUCUUCGGGACCUUCGUUGUGUACCUGGCGGGAGGGGUGGUGCUGCAGACCUUUGUCCGACGGGCCUCCGGGAGGGACAUGGUACCUAACUAUGGAUUAUGGGCAACAAUGUUCGGACUCAUUAAGGACGGAGUCACAUUCACCAUCUCCUGUGGGAGACGAACUGGUUAUGGCAAAGUUUAAUAGGUCAUGGCCACACUUGUUUCGGGGACAACAUUGCUUUGAUCCAGGAGUGACAUCAUGUCUGCGAGAGUACGUUGUGUAGCAGCUGAUGUCCGGAAUGCUGUUGCCCCUCGCAACAAACUAACCAUGCUGAUUGCCAUACUGCAGGAAUUCUCGGCCAAGCACCGAGCUCUGUUCGGAAUUAUUUGGUGAAAUAUCCAAAGCCUUUGGUAACCUGAAUAACCUGACCUCAUGUACAUGAAUAGCCAAAUCGUCAUCGUAUACAUAGUGUGAAUCAUCUGUUGAUGCAUAGUAGAGUAUACUAUUCACAAGAAGUAAAGGAACACCCGAUUCUUUCA